AUGGAAAAUAAAACUGAUGCAUCAAAGUUUCUUUUCCUGGGACUUUCCAACAAUCCCCAGCUGCAGAUCUCUUUCUUCUUGGUAUUUUCAUCCAUUUAUCUGAUAACUUUGUCAGGAAACAUUGCAAUCAUUUUGGUGAUAAAAAUGAAUCCUUCUCUUUACACACCCAUGUAUUAUUUUCUCUCUCAUUUGUCCUUUGUUGACAUCUGUUACUCUACAGACAUUGUCCCAAAGAUGUUAGUUAAUUUGCUUUUGCAUCAGCAGACCAUUAGUUUCAUUGGCUGCCUGGCUCAAAUGUUUUUCAGCCUUCUGUUGAGCGUAACAGAGGUUUUCAUUCUUUCAGCAAUGGCAUAUGAUAGAUACAAUGCUGUGUGUCGCCCACUUCAUUAUGUGCUCAUCAUGAACAAAUCAAUAUGCAUUUACCUGGUGAUGGGAGCAUGGCUAAUGGGGCUGCUUUUUGCCUUAUUAAAUGUAGUGUCAAUAUCCAACUUACAGUUUUGUGGUCUUCCCAAAAUCAACCAUUUCAGCUGUGAACUCCCACCACUCCUGAAAGCCUCCAUUUCUGACAGUUUCCUCAAUAACGUAAUUCUUCUUUCUUCUGUUGUGAUUUUUGGACUCAGCUCCUUCCUACCAACCUUGGUCUCCUAUGUUUACAUCAUCUCAACCAUCCUGAAGAUUCGCUCUGCAGAGGGCAGGAGCAAAGCCUUCUCUACUUGCAGCUCCCACCUCAUUGUGCUUGGCUUACUAUAUAUAACAGGAAUGUCCCAGUACAUGAAACCUGGCAGUGUCUCUUCCACAAUAUUAGAUGAACUGUUUUCUAUUCAGUAUAGCAUUUUGACUCCCAUGUUGAAUCCAAUUAUCUAUAGCUUGAAAAAUAAGGAAGUAAAGAGAGCUUUUGUGAGAACAUUUGGAAAGAAGUAA